UCUCUUGCACAUCUGGCGGUCCCUCGCACAUCUGGGCAGCCGGCGCCCGAGCAUGAACUCCACUCGGGCAAGCGCAGCGACCCAAGCUGCCUGGAUCAACUGCUGCAACCAGUCGGUGGGGUCCCUGGAGCCUAGCGAGGUGUCGCGCUCUGCUGUGCAGGCCGUGGUGCUGGGCGUACUAUCGCUGCUCGUGCUCUGCGGGGUGCUGUUCCUGGGCAGCAGCCUCCUGCUUCGUGCCCAGGGCCUCGCAGAGCUGCUGGUCCAGGAGCGGCACGCCUCCCGAGAGGCGGAGCCCGGAGGUGCCAGCCUAGCUGUCCCUGCUCCAUCAGAUGACUGUGGAGUCCAGGCUCGGUCCUGCACACUCGCACAGGUUCCUGAUCCUUGUGUGGACCGUCUCCCAGAAAGCUCUCCCUCCAGCCUGCCACACUGGUCACCACACCAGGGACUUCCUGCCGCCUUUGAUCUGUGCAGAUGACAAACUGGGAGAAACCGAGAUUGAGGGAGAACCUUCAUGCGACGUCCUUGCCCCCAGCGGUCGUGUCUGACUGCUUCACUUGCCCUCUGGAAGGACUCAUGUGUGAGGACCUGGGUGUCAGUGGUCCAGGAAGGCAAUGGUCCAGGAAUGGCCACCUGACUGCUCUGUGUAGCAGACUGUACUGUGGCCUCUGCCUGCUGGACCUCUGAGGACAGGAAGGCUGUCUCUGGUGUGGGACACCAUGGGCUGACCAGCCAAUAUCUCUCCCUGUUGAGGGCUGUGGGUCACUGUGACACAUUUGGAGGUUCUAGGUGCCACAGGAAUACUUUGUCACUUUCUGUACUUGUCGUUAGAUGUACUUAUUUUUUUUUAUUUUAUUUUUUUUGCUAGCAGGGUUAUUGCUGAGGUUCAGUGUCAUCAGUGUGAAUUCACUGCUUCCGACAGCCAUGUAUUUUCAUUUUUUUCUUUCUAUUUUAUUUGACAGGACAGAAAUUGGGGGGGUGAUAUAGAGAGGGAGAGAAAAAGAUAGGUACCCAUAGACCUGCUUCACUGCUUGUAGAUGGUAGCACUUUACCUGCUGCAGGGAGUGGGGACUCAAAUCCCAGGUCCUUGGGUAUGAAAUAUGUGUGCUUAAUUGGGUGCACCACUGCCUGGCCCCCUAGAUACACUUAUUUUGUUUUAAUUCUUUAUUGGAGGAUUAAUGAUUUACAGUCGAUAGUAAAAUAUAAUAGUUUAUACAUGUAUAACUUUUCCACAUAAUAAUAAAACCCCCACCUAGAUAUACUUCUAAUGUAGGUUUGGGGCACAGCCUGUGGUUCCAGUGGUGCUCUGUAGCACCGCCCCCUCCAUUUUGAACACUUUCUGGUAGAUACUGAAAUAGUAACUCUCCCCUGACUGCCAGUCGGCUUCCCCACUCAGAUCAGUUCUCCCUAAUGGUGCACAGGAGGUGGGCAGACAGGGAUUCUCACAGCAGCACUCACUGCCCCCUGUGGUCAGUGUGUGCAAGAACACUGUUUGAUUCAACCAGUGCACUGAGGGUCUGAUCAGAGCCUGGCCUGAAGCUAGUGCUUGGAAAUGAGAGUGGGCUUUGCAAGAUGUACUCUGAAUUGUAAACUGUAAACUUUUCCUGAAACUCCAAUUCUUCAUCCAUAAAAUGGACACAACACUAUUGUCUUGAGGAUCAAAUAUAUUAAGUCUUUGUCCACAGAUAAAAGCUUUGUACAUUACAA